CGAGUGUCCUCUUAUGGAAGUGCAGUAACACGAGACAAUGAGGCUCCGCACAUUAUCUUAUGACUGGGAUUGUACAGAGAGCGACAAGCCAACCCGCUUCACCGGACCGCACGGAAAACACGACUUACAGUCUGCCACAGUAUAUGUCAGUAUGAGAUGUCGUCCCUCAGUGCUAGCUUCGUUCAGAUCCGAUUCGAUGACAUCCGCUUCUAUGAGAACUGCGGUGGAGGGAGCUUUGGUAGCGUCUACCGGGCACAUUGGAUCUCACAGGACAAAGAGGUGGCGGUCAAAAAACUGCUGAAGAUCGAUGCUGAGGCUGAGAUUCUCAGUGUCCUGAGCCACAAAAACAUUAUUCAGUUCUAUGGAGCCAUUCUGGAAGCACCCAACUAUGGCAUUGUUACAGAAUAUGCCAGCAGAGGAUCACUAUAUGAAUAUUUGUCCAGUGUUGACAGUGAGGAGAUGGAUAUCGGUAGAGUAAUGACCUGGGCGAUGGACAUUGCAAAAGGAAUGCAUUAUUUACAUGCCGAGGCCCCAGUAAAAGUCAUUCAUAGAGAUCUAAAGUCGAGAAAUGUUGUGUUAACUGCAGAAAAUGUAUUAAAGAUCUGUGAUUUUGGGGCAUCCAAGUUGGUUUCUCACACAACACACAUGUCUCUGGUGGGAACCUUCCCUUGGAUGGCCCCUGAAGUGAUCCAGAGCUUGCCAGUCUCAGAAACCUGUGACACCUACUCUUAUGGUGUGGUAUUGUGGGAGUUGCUGACCAGAGAAGUGCCAUUUAAAGGUUUUGAGGGAUUGCAGGUGGCCUGGUUGGUUGUAGAAAAGAAUGAGAGGCCAACCAUUCCCAGCAGCUGCCCGGCCAGCUUCGCAGAUCUGAUGAGAUCCUGCUGGAUCGCGGAACCCAAGGAAAGGCCGCAGUUUAAACGGGUCCUGAGCACCUUGGAGACCAUGAAAAAUGACAGCAAGCUGCCCGACCAGUGUAACUCUUUCUUACAUAACAAAGCUGAGUGGAGGUGUGAGAUAGAGGAGACGCUGGAACGCUUGAAACAGCUGGAGAGGGAGUUGAGCUGUAAGGAGCAGGAGCUGGCCGAGAGAGAAAGGAGACUGACAGAGUGGGAGAACAGACUCAUGGAAAGAUCUCGAUCCUGCACUCCUCUGUUUUCACACAUAUCCCCCAUGGCAGCCACUCUCAGUGCCGAGUCCUUCUAUGAGGCUCACAUGGAGGAGAGCAAAAGCUCGGAGGUCAGCUGCCAGAUCUCAUCAACUUGCAGUAAUGGAGAUCUGGGUCAGGCCAGCCUGCAGAAGCUCAUGCUGGAUUUCGGUGGCGUGUUUGACCUGGAUGUGAAUGUUCCCGGCGGUGACCUCGUCCGCCAGUCAGGGAUGCAGGUGAACAUACAAGCCAAGAAGAACUCCUCCAAGUCCUGCAGUGUCCGUGAGGGACGCAAACUGAACAUGGCCAUCACCAUGGACGACUUUGGCUGGUCAGACGACGAUAGCGAUUAGUGGAGGGCAAAAGGGGAUGGUAUCUAGAGUCAGAGCUCGUAAAAAUAAAUUUUAAAGUGUCCAACAGCUGGAAUUAUUAGUUUGUUAAAGGAAUAGUUCACACAAACUGUCAUUAUUUACUCGUGUGUUGUUCUAAACUAGUAUGAAUUACUUCUGUGGAACUCAAAAGGAGAACUUUGGAAUUAAGGCAUAGGGGUUUGGAACAACAUUUUUGGACUUAAGUGAUUUUUGCACCCAACUGUGAUACGUAUCAGUGCAAAACAAUGUUAUUUGAUUCAGAGCAGAGGGUCACAAUUCCCUGUUAGAAGUAGGGCUAUUGUUCUGAAUAUAUUGUCUAACCAGUACAAAUAAUGAGUGUGAGAGAACUUUAGUGGGAUUUCUGAAGCUACGUUUUUGUAAAGCCCUGAAGUUUUUAUAAAAUAAAGAAAAUACCAAAGA